GCACCACGCCCUUUCUCCCUCCCUAACCCUCCCUCUCUCUCUCUCUCUCCCUCUCUAGGCUAUCUAGCUCCUCUUCGCUUCGCCGGCCCGCCAUGAACGUUCCAGGCAAAUGCAUGGCUCCCGCGAGCCGCUGCUUUGCGCUCUAGCUCAAAGUGAGACGAGGAAGCUUCCCUGCCUUAAUUACCUUAACUGCGAGCGCCGGCCGGCCAUUAAUUAAUUAGCGCGAGCUCGAUUGAUCCACUGAGCUGGGCGGAGCUAGUUCUCUUUCUGUCUGUGAGGUGUUCGACGGAUUGGCCAUGGAGAGUUCGCCGGUGGUGCUGGUGAGGCAAGGGCAGGGCGAGGAGCAGGCGGAGGUGCUGCGCGCGCUGCCGCCGGGGUUCCGGUUCCGGCCGACGGACGAGGAACUGGUGCUGCAGUACCUCCGCCGCAAGGCCCUGGGCUUCCCGCUCCCCGCCGCCGUCGUCCCCGACCUCCCCCGCCUCCACUCCCUCGACCCCUGGGACAUCCUCACACCCGGGGAGAGUGAGGGGGAGAAGUACUUCUUCGCGCUGCGGCCGUCGGCGGCCAGGAGGACGGCGGCGGCGAGCGGGUGGUGGAAGCCGGAGGGGAGGGAGAGGGCGGUGGUGGCGGUGUGCCGGAGCGGGCGGAGCCACCUCGUCGGGGUCAAGAGGGCCCUGGCGUUCGUGCCCCGAGCACACAGGGGCAAGAAGGGCUCCUCGUCUUCAUCUUCUUCUCCGGCGCCGGCGUUGACGGCAGGCUGGGUCAUGCACGAGUACCGCCUCGCCCUGCCGCCGCACCACAAGAAUGGUUGCUACUUGGCUCAGUCUGGAUCUGAAGAAUGGGUGGUGUGCCGGGUCUUCAGGAGGGACACGCGGCCAUCGUCGUUGUCGAGGCGACACACGCCGGCCGGCCACGCCACAAUGCCGAUGCCAGCAUCGCCGUCAACAUCGUCGUCGUCGUCCUUGUCCUCGUCGACGUCUAGCUGCGUCACGAGCGGCGGCAGCGGCAGCUCGAGUGACGAUGAUGACCUGCAAGAAGAGGCCAGCAGCUAGCUGAUCGAAGUGUACUAGCAGAGCAAUACUUGUAUUCAGCAAGCAAGCUGGCUGGCUCCAAGAGGCUGAUUGUAGCUAGAGGCAAAAUAUACAGAUCAGAUCAGACCAGGGGAAAACGGAAAUGCGUGACUGUGUCCUUUUUAAUUUCUUAGCUCCAAUAUUUGUUCUCUCUCUCUCUCUCUCCUUGUAAUGUAACGGCAGUGUGAUGUGAUAUGUAGCGAGAGUGCGUCAUGCAUGCGUCAGGUAGUGCCAAGGUUAAUUAAUUAAUUAGGGAAACUUCUUGUAAUCAAGGUUCAUCAGGAGCCAGCCAGAUAUAGACAUUUACAUACAUGUACACAUGCAUGCAUGGAUGGAUGGUCGACCAAUUUGUAAACUUGCAAUCGAUCUGUAAAAUUUGAUCUCCAAGAAGGAGAACAUGAAAAGACCUGCCUCGUUUUCUGCCA